UCGCCAUCGCCUACUCCGCCUCGAUCUCUCUCUCUCUCUCUCUCUCUCUCUCUCUCUUUACGAUCCCUCGACCGGCAUCGAUCUCAGCGGUCAAGUUUCCGAGGGAUUACUUGCUAUAAAUGGCUUCUUUCCGAGCUUUCUUGAACAGUCCUGUUGGCCCCAAAACUACUCAUUUCUGGGGACCAGUUGCAAACUGGGGAUUUGUGGUUGCUGGAUUGGUUGACAUGCAAAAACCACCAGAGAUGAUAUCAGGCAACAUGACAGCAGCUAUGUGUAUAUAUUCUGCACUGUUUAUGAGAUUUGCAUGGAUGGUGCAGCCGCGGAACUACCUACUUCUUGCAUGCCAUGCCUCAAAUGAAUCUGUCCAGCUCUAUCAACUAUCUCGUUGGGGAAGGGCUCAGGGGUACUUAUCCGAGAAGAAAGACGAAGCCUCGUCGCAAUAAUAUGUUGCUGGGUCUUUCUUUCCGUAUUUCAUUGUUCUUGUGGCAAUUUCUUCACAGGAGUUCCUGAGAAGUUUGCUUUCAUGCUAUCUAAACCGCAAUUGGCAGGUCUUGAGUGAUCGCAACUUGAUUAGUAUGUUUUCCCUUUGUCAUUGACUAUUUACUUUCAGCAAGUGAUGCUUGCAUGGAAACUUAGCCUCCUAUUGGACUUGGAUGCACAAUAAUAUACACCUUGAACCGUUGCAUUGCCCUGAAAAA